GGGAAACGACGCUGAUAGGCUGCAGCGGCAUUCCCCCUGGGGUUGCGUAGACUGAAUGAGGAACUGGAUGUACAGUAGAAAAGAUUUCUCUAUCUGCGAACAAAAUGGUGAAGAAGGAUGCGAGCAGUGCAAAGUUACCAGUGGAUCAGUACCGUAAGCAGAUCGGAAAGCAAGAUUAUAAAAAAAACAAGCCGGCUCUGCGAGCCACACGACUGAAGGCCGAGGCAAAGAGGAGCGCUCCAGGCAUCAGGGACACCAUCUUGGUGAUCAUGGCCGUGCUGGUAUUCCUGCUGGGGGUUUACGCCUUCUUCUACCUCAAUCUGAGCACCGAGCUGAAUCUGGACACGGACCUGGACUAAAGAACCCAACAGAUCACAAAGGAAUCAGCGAGGAUGGAGGCUGUGUUACAAUCAGAAAGUGUUCUACUCCAACAGAACCCUUCUUGUGUCUGUUAAGAACCCAGUGAUGGAACCCUAGGUUUUGUCUUUGAAGAGCAAUAUUUUCCUAUGGGAAAAAAUUAUUAAAUGAGGGUAUUUAAUCAAAAUCCAGGCACUAUACAUGGCUUUUAAGAGUCCAAGGAGUGAACCACGAUUACAUCUUUCCUUGCUUAACACUAUUCUUUUCUAUUCCAGUGCUUUCUUUGUUUUUAUAUCUUCCAGGAUUUAUGGAAAUCUUAUAGUGUUUUUUUGUUUUUGUUUUUUUUUUCUCCACAGCUCAGGAUAUUAAAGACAUAAAGCCAUGAGUGUGUAUGAAGAAUACUGUUCAUGUGUGUAGAGGAAUUGACCACCUUAUUAGAACCUUAAAUAAUCAGUGUCUAUAAAUCGCUAGCAAUAAAGGACAUGUCUUGAAGAUCUUAGUGAGCCCUCUAUUGCUUAAGAACCUGCAUGGUUCACUUGUAUGCAUGCGUGAAAUAUAAAGCUUGACAUUCCAGAUGAAUUUGGAUUUUUUAAAUAUUGGAACUCAUGUAUACAUUCAGAACUGACUUGUUUUAGUCCAAAUUCUGAAAGUUGGUUUAUGUUGUUAUUGCCUGUGUGAAACUUCUUUUACUCAGGAUUAGUGUUAAGCACAUUUUGCUAGGAAGGAUCGCUGUUUUCAUCAGUUGAUGUUCAAUUCAAAGAAACAUUUUUGUACUCCAUUGGUUUUGAAGGAUUUUGAUGGACUCUAAUAAAACAUGAAUUGUUUAUGGA